UAAGCUUACUGCCAGUGAUUGCCUUUAUUGUGACGAAACUGCUAAACGCCAUCAUGGCCUUUGGAAUCCGGCUGCAAGAAAAAACUAAGGCAUUAGACCAGGAACGAAAGAGGACAGUCUUUUUGCUUCACCAGAUGCUUCCGGUGUCUGUUGCUAAGCGACUGCUCAACGCAGGAAGUGUGCCACCGGAAAACUAUGAGUCUGUCACAAUCUAUUUUUCGGACAUUGUCGGUUUUACUAUGAUGUCGUCCCGAAGUUCGCCGAUGCAGGUUGUGGCCAUGCUCAACCAGAUUUAUGAGGAGUUCGACGACAAAGUGGAAUCUUAUGAUGUGUAUAAAGUAGAAACAAUAGGAGAUGCGUACAUGGUUGCCUCUGGUCUCCCCGAGCGAAACGGCAACUGCCACUGCUCAGAAAUUGCCAAACUAGCCUUGGAUCUCCAGAACAGCGUAGCAGGUAUAAAGAUAGCCCAUUUGCCUGACACACAACUGCAGCUCCGAAUCGGAAUAAAUAGUGGACCAUGUGUGGCUGGUGUGGUCGGACAUAAAAUGCCUCGAUAUUGCCUGUUCGGGGAUACGGUGAAUACGGCGUCCCGAAUGGAAUCACAUGGCUUACCGGGCUGGAUCCAUAUUAGUCAACCCACCAACUGUCUGUUGUCUGCAACCGGUGGAUUUAAGAUGUCGAUGAGAGGUGAAAUCGAAGUCAAGGGCAAAGGGGUCAUGACGACGUACUGGUUGGAAGGACUUAUUUUACCAGAACAUAAUAAUAUGCAAUCUUCAUCAUGA